GCGGUGGGCGGAGCCACCGGCCCCGGCCCCGGCAGUGCUCUCCCGGUGCUGCGGGACUCGCGGACUGCUCAGCGCUGCCAUGCGGGGCCCGGGCCCGAGCCGGAGCCCCGGAGCGGUGCGGCUACCCCGGCGGAGGCGGCGGGCGCGGGGCGCGCUCUGAGGCCGGGGGAUGCGCCGCCGCCGCCGCGACCAUGGGCGCCGCCGCCUCCCGGAGGAGGGCGCUGAGGAGCGAGGCCAUGUCCUCGGUGGCGGCCAAAGUGCGAGCAGCCCGAGCAUUUGGCGAGUACCUGUCCCAGAGUCACCCUGAGAAUCGGAACGGUGCAGACCACCUGCUGGCUGAUGCCUACUCUGGCCACGACGGGUCCCCCGAGAUGCAGCCAGCCCCCCAGAACAAGCGUCGCCUCUCCCUCGUCUCCAAUGGCCGCUACGAGGGCAGCCUCUCAGAGGAGGCUGUCGGCGGGAAGCCGGCCUGUGAGGGCCCCCAGCCCCGUGUGUACACCAUCUCUGGGGAGCCAGCCCUGCUGCCCAGCCCGGAGGCCGAGGCCAUUGAGCUGGCCGUGGUGAAGGGGCGGCGGCAGCAGGAACGGCACCCCCACCACCACAGCCAGCCCCUGCGUGCCAGCCCGGGGGGCAGCCGUGAGGACGUCAGCAGGCCGUGCCAGAGCUGGGCAGGCAGCCGCCAGGGCUCCAAAGAAUGUCCGGGAUGCGCCCAGCUGGCCCCUGGUCCCAGCCCCUCCCCUCGGGCCUUUGGGCUGGACCAGCCACCUCUGCCUGAGGCCACGAGCCGCCGCAAGAAGCUGGAGAGGAUGUACAGUGUUGACCGUGUGUCUGAUGACACCCCCAUCCGUACCUGGUUCCCCAAGGAAAACCUCUUCAGUUUCCAGACAGCAACCACAACUAUGCAAGCCAUCUCGGUGUUCAGGGGCUACGCGGAGAGGAAGCGCCGGAAACGGGAGAAUGAUUCCGCGUCUGUAAUCCAGAGGAACUUCCGCAAACACCUGCGCAUGGUCGGCAGCCGGAGGGUGAAGGCCCAGACGUUCGCCGAGCGGCGCGAGCGGAGCUUCAGCCGGUCCUGGAGCGACCCCACCCCCAUGAAAGCCGACACUUCCCACGACUCCCGAGACAGUAGUGACCUGCAGAGCUCACACUGCACCCUGGGUGAGGCCUUCGAGGAUCUGGACUGGGAGACCGAGAAGGGGCUGGAGGCAGUGGCCUGCGACACCGCGGGCUUUGUGCCCCCCAAGGUCAUGCUCAUCUCCUCCAAGGUGCCCAAAGCUGAGUACAUCCCGACUAUCAUCCGCAGGGACGACCCGUCCAUCAUCCCCAUCCUCUAUGAUCACGAGCACGCGACUUUUGAGGACAUUCUGGAGGAAAUAGAGAAAAAGCUGAACAUCUACCACAAGGGGGCUAAGAUCUGGAAGAUGCUGAUUUUUUGCCAGGGCGGCCCAGGACACCUGUACCUGCUCAAGAACAAGGUGGCCACCUUUGCCAAAGUGGAGAAAGAGGAGGACAUGAUCCACUUCUGGAAGCGCCUGAGCCGCUUGAUGAGCAAAGUGAACCCAGAGCCGAACGUCAUCCACAUCAUGGGCUGCUACAUUCUGGGGAACCCCAACGGGGAGAAGCUGUUCCAGAACCUCAGGACCCUCAUGACCCCUUACAGGGUCACCUUCGAGUCCCCGCUGGAGCUGUCGGCCCAAGGGAAGCAGAUGAUUGAGACCUACUUUGACUUCCGGCUGUACCGCCUGUGGAAAAGCCGUCAGCACUCGAAGCUGCUGGACUUUGAGGAUGUUCUCUGAGGGCCGUGCCACCCAGCUGCUUCCGUGGACCAGCGGCUAGGGCUGGGCCCCUUGUGUGUGGCCCAGGACCGCGUGGGUCCCAGUCUUCACGGCCGCUUCAGGGCACUCUCAGAUGUUGCUCAGGUUCCCUCCUGGGGGUCUGGCCUUCACUGCACCCCAGGCCACUGAGGUCAUGGCCCCUGUGGCCCGGGACGAGCCUCACCCCCGCGUGGCCAGGGGGUGCUCGGCGGCCUGGCGCUGAUGGGGCUUAGGCCCUG